AUGGUGGCAUCCAAUCCAGUUGCAGUAGGCACCAGGGGCACUGUAGGAUCACUGGUGAGGAAAGAAAUUGAGUACUUCACCAAUGAUUCCAGACGCUGUGGCUCCAGGAAACCUGAGGGACAGAUGAUUGAUAAUGAUUCAAGCUGCAUUGGUUGUUCAAGGCCUUGUUUUUGGUCCUUGACUUUGAGCUGGAAGAGAAAGAACAGAAGAAGCAAUGAUUCCGGAUUCUUGCCAAGCAUUUGCUCUGCUGUUCAAGUUGCAGAAACCAUUAAUGGGAUUCCUGGGUUCAGUUAUAGGAUCCUCAAGAAUGAUGAGACAGAAUCUUAG